GGAUAAAUUUAUGAUGCUCGAUUGAAGCUGAUAAUAGUAAUACCUUGGUGUAGAUCGUGGCAUUUGAUGUCAAAAUUGAUUUUGGGAAGGCGAGUGAUGUAUCAUUGUAGGUGUGGGUUUCCUUUUUUGUUUUUGUCAACUGAACAUUCGUUCACAUAAAAGGAUUGCAAGGAUAAGUUCCAUACAAACGUGCAAUCAAUACAAAGCAAACUGUACAAAAAUACAAGACCAUAAAAAGCUUAGCCCUUUAAAGCAAACCGUAAAACAUGAAAAGCUUAGCCAAGUGUCGAUUGGGUGACAGAAAAAGUUGAGUGAAAAAUGAAGAGAUGAGGGACUGCAAAGGGAAAUCCGCGAUAGCUUCAUGAAAUAAGCUGAAUUCUCGAAACGACAUCGUUAAUACCACGAUUCCCCUUUUUUACAGCGCAGUAAAAAGUUAUUGAGUUCUAACUUUCCGCUUCCCGCCAUAUCCAUUAAAUGUUUUUGUUCCUUUUUUUUAAAAGAAAAGUUUAAUAAUCUUCAUUCUCGAAACCUGGGAAAAAUCUACCUCCAGCAACCUACAGUUUCACCGGCAAUGGCUCCCAAAACCCGCGACAAAAACAACGGCGACGCAAACCAACACGACAGCAAUGACGGCAGUUCAUCAUACUUCCAAAAAACUGUUUGUUUGCACGAUUGGUGGUUGAUUAAAGCCGAGAAAGAGUUUGAAGGAAAGAGAUUAUCUGUUGCAGGGUCCACAUCAAUAGAGUCAAAAGCGUUCCGGUUAUUUACCUCUGCACCGAUUGUAAAAAGACACGAUGCAUUAACUCUCCAGACAGCUGAUGGGAUUUGUGUUUGCAUCAGAGGUUUCAUCAACAAACAACGAACCAUUGAAAAUGGGUUUUCUUCUGAGGUCUUUACUCAUUUUUUCAUUGGCUUUCCUCCUUACUGGGAAAAAUAUGCUAAAGAGUGUAUGGGGGAAACUAUUAUGGCCGAUGUCGGAUUACAAGUUGUCCCUAAUUCUAGUAAUGCAGCGAGAGAUUCAGGUCUUAGCUUGAUUUCGACUCCAUGUAAUCAUGCCGUUAACUUGUCUACAAUGGUUGAAGAGAGAUCAAACCUUGACAGCAGUCAGCAAAAGGGUGAAGCUUCAACAAUAAAGGUUCAAGAUGAACAAAACCUAAAUAGGAAAAUACCGAGCUGCUUAACCUCAAAGUUAAACCAUGUCAAUGAAUCCUCAUUUGAGAAGGAGACUCGGAAGAAACUUGAUUUCGAAGAAGUUGCAAGUUCUGUAUCCAGAGAAAGAAAAGGGAAUAAAUCUAUCAUCUCUCCGGAUUCUCUGAAUUUCAAACGGUCAAGAUCAGGUAGAGUCCUUUUACCUCGAAUGGAAUUUUGGCGCAACCAAAUUCCGGUUUAUGAUCAGGAUCGUAGAAUCACAGGCAUUAAGGAAGAGGUGGAUGACGUGAACUCAUCAGGUUCAGGUAGCUACUAUAUGGAUGCUGCUAAUUGUUGUGGUUUGUUUCUACUUUUGUCAUUAGGCAGUCGAUCAAAUCCGAAGCAUCAGAAAAGGUGAAACCUACUGUCAUGAGUUUUUAGAUUUUAAAACUCUCGAAUUACAAAGCUAUUUUGUAUUAGCCAACAUUCUGGUUUCAGAAGCGGUGUCGUUCUGCAACCCUGAUAGAUCUCCUUUGUAUCUUGUAAACUGUAUUUUCCACCUUGUUAUUUAUAAUAUUAAACUUUAAUUACCUUCCCCUUAAGACACGUGGCACACACCCACCAGUUCCUUUCCCUUUUCUUUUCUCAUUUUGUGCAAAAUGGUUAAUUUUCAAUUUUGGUCCUAAUUUGCUUAAAUUUUAUAUUUAAUCCUUAUACUUUAAUUUCUAACAUAA